GUCCAGAAGCGAGUCCGAUAUGCCACUCCCGGCUUAGCUCCCUUGACAAGUUAACGUUGCCAUUUGACAGAAGCUAUUCUCGUCUAGUACGAACGAGCUAGAAUAAUGGAAGGCAAGAGACACUGGCUACCUUGUACAUUGUCACAUUCUGGAGUAAGCCUCGUAUAGCAAGACACCAAGACGAUCUCCUGCCUCUCCACGGGGAAAAGGACUAGCAAAAUAGCAUGGACCUAGGACUGAGGCCGGGCAUGGCCUCCACCGUCAGCUCGUGUAAGUCAAGUCAAACCCAUCAAGCAAGAAUAGAAACAUCACGCCGAAAGAGACGAGGCUCCAUACCCAAGAUAUCAGGUAUAUAAACUCCCCUUCCUGACCUCCAGAUCCCAAACUUUCUUCUUCACCUUCAUCAACUCAAACACCUUCUACUCUCGUUACCAAAGAAAACACUCUCGCUCUACUACUUUCUUCUUUUCAAGAAAACAAGAAACCCCAACCGCAAACAUGAAGUUCGCCAUCACCCUCGCUGCUCUCGCCUCCCUGGCUGCUGCCACUCCCCUCGACGCUUCCACCAGCAGCUGCAAGCCUGGAACUUACUCCUGCACCCCUGACAAGACUGGCUGGCAGGUCUGCGACGUCACCCACAAGUAUGUUGCUGCCGGUGUCUGUCCACCCGGGACCUCUUGCGUCUUCUACAAGAAGAGCGCUAGCCCCUACUGUGUCCCUCCUGGAUUCAAGUUCCCCCAGGCUUAAGUGGUCUUCUGGACUAUGACAUGAUAGCUAUGGGAGUCACUGACUCUUGAGACUCUCGACAAUAUCGUCUAUCUUGGUCUGAUACUGGCUUUUGAGAUUGGGCUUGGAUUGGGAUUGAACUUGUGCAUUUGGUCUUUUCUUGUUUCAUGCCUUGCAUGAGGUCCUUUCCUUAGAACAUUUACAUUAGAUAUGGAACAUAGCUGGUUGGGUAUACAUACAUAUAUAGGCACUUAACAUGCAAUUUCAAUCUACAGCAUUGCCUUUGACCAUAGCUCAAAA